AGACUAAACGCAGAAAGAUGAGCUCCCGAAGAGCACCCCAUCCUGCUCACCGAAGCCCCCCUCAACCCCAAAGCUAACCGCGAGAAGAUGACCCAGAUCAUGUUCGAGACCUUCAACACCCCCGCCAUGUAUGUCGCAAUCCAAGCUGUACUCUCCCUGUACGCCUCCGGUCGUACCACCGGUAUCGUCUUGGACUCUGGAGAUGGUGUUUCUCACACAGUACCCAUUUACGAAGGUUAUGCCCUUCCCCACGCCAUCCUCCGUUUGGACUUGGCUGGUCGUGACUUGACCGACUACCUGAUGAAGAUCCUCACCGAAAGAGGUUACUCAUUCACCACCACCGCUGAAAGGGAAAUCGUCCGUGACAUCAAGGAGAAGCUCUGCUAUGUUGCCCUCGAUUUCGAACAAGAAAUGGCAACUGCCGCCAAUUCCACCUCCUUGGAGAAGAGUUAUGAACUUCCCGAUGGCCAAGUUAUCACCAUUGGAAACGAAAGGUUCCGUUGCCCGGAAGCCUUGUUCCAACCUUCCUUCUUGGGUAUGGAAUCUGUUGGUAUCCACGAGACAGUGUACAACUCUAUCAUGAAGUGCGACGUGGACAUCCGUAAGGACCUGUACGCCAAUACUGUGCUCUCUGGAGGUACCACCAUGUAUCCUGGUAAGUGCAACUCGAACAAUUAUAAUAAUAUGCUUUAUUGUCCAAAGAACAUACAUACAUUCAAGUUUAUUAUCAAUUAUUACCUCCAGAAAUUUAGAACUAGGUCUGUUUUCAAUCAUCUUAUCUGCGUCCUUUCUUGUUAAUGGUGUGCUGUCAAUAAAACAGCGGAAUGAUACUGAGUUUGUUUUGGACAUAUUAAAUGACAGCAGAUUGGA